GAUUACAGGAAAUUCCCCGAAUCUAAAAAUGCUGCGAAUCGUUUUGGCUCUGGCAUUUCUCGCCGCUGCAGUAAAUUCCACGAAUGUAAAGCAAUGCAAAGGCAAGCCAUUUCCCUUGACCGUCCGAGUGCAGGAUUGCGAAGAGCCGCCGUGUAUUGUGUACAAGGGCACCACAGUAAUCAUGGAAGUACAGUUCCUGGGCAAUAACAACAACAUCCAGAACAUUACAGCCAAGACCACGGCCAAGGUGUUGGGCAUGAAUCUGCCCUACGAUCUGCCCGAAGAGGUGUCCAAUGUGUGCACCAAUCUGAUGUACGGCGCCAUGUGUCCCAUCGACAAGGGCGAGGACGUCACCUACCAGUUCAACUUCUAUGUGGAGCCCAGUUUUCCGGAGAUUACCGCCGAUGUAACCGUAACGCUCGACGAUGCGCAGGGCGAAGUCAUCACGUGCUUUAUCUGCAGCUGCAAGCUGCGCAAGGGAACGGCGGCAACCAAGGAGGAAUAUCUCCUGGACUGGCGCGACAAUCAAAGCGAACUGAAGGCAUAGACACACGGUCGUAGUACGCGACGCCACUCGUGUGGCCUGACUGAAUAUAGCCCACUUCUACUGGCCAAUAAAUGCAAAAAUUAUUCCCAAAGAUUAAAAACCAUUUGUUUACCCUGAGCA